AUCGAUGGAAAGGUGGCAGCGGCAGUCGCCUGACCCAUAGGGGUCCUGGGACCAGGGCUGCCGCCUCCUCCCCACGAACAGCGGCGACAGGGGCGCUGACAGGAUGCCUACGGCUGGUAGGACCUCAGCCUUGGAGGUGAAUCGCCCGCGGAGCGCGGGGGCGGAGCGCGAGCCCGGAGCUGGCCCGUCAGGCAGGAAUCGGGCAAGUGCGGUGGCGGAAGUGCCAGGACGCGGUCGGAGCCGAGCCGUCUAGGAAGCCGCGGCCGCGGGUCACCAAACCCAGAGCAGCCGCCCAUCCUCAGCCAGACCGCAGCGACUAGGGCUCGGGCGUCGGUAAGAUGCCUCUGUUCACCGCCAACCCCUUCGAGCAAGACGUGGUCUGGAGACAGAAUUCCAAGAUAAGGUGCUGGCAGAUUUGAUGUCUGGUGAGAGCCAGCUUUCCAAUUCAUAGAUGGUCAUCUUCUUCCUGUGUUCUCUCAUGGCUGAAGUGGCUCUGAGAAAAAGCCACAAAUGAGUAUAACACUACAGAAGAUUGGAGUCUUAUUAUGGACAUAUGUGACAAAGUUGGAAGCACACCUAAUGGAGCAAAAGAUUGCCUAAAAGCCAUAAUGAAAAGGGUAAAUCAUAAGGUUCCUCAUGUUGCUCUGCAGGCAUUAACCCUUCUUGGGGCUUGUGUGGCAAACUGUGGAAAGAUAUUUCAUUUAGAAAUAUGUUCCCGUGAUUUUGCAACGGAAGUACGUGCUGUGAUAAAAAAUAAGGCUCAUCCUAAAGUAUGUGAUAAACUGAAAUCUUUAAUGGUGGAGUGGUCAGAAGAAUUUCAAAAGGACCCUCAGUUUAGUCUAAUAUCUGCAACUAUUAAAUCUAUGAAAGAAGAAGGAAUUACUUUUCCUCCAGCAGGUUCUCAGACUGUUGCAGCUGCUGCCAAGAAUGGUACGUCAUCGAACAAAAACAAAGAAGAUGAAGACAUAGCUAAAGCUAUCGAAUUAUCGUUGCAAGAGCAGAAGCAGCAGCACACAGAAACAAAAUCCUUAUAUCCACCUGCAGAAGUUCCAUUAAAUAAUAAAGUUGCAAGGAAAGUGAGAGCUUUAUAUGAUUUUGAAGCUGUCGAGGACAAUGAACUCACCUUUAAACAUGGUGAAAUUAUUAUUGUUUUGGAUGACAGUGAUGCCAAUUGGUGGAAAGGAGAAAAUCACAGAGGAAUAGGACUCUUCCCAUCUAAUUUUGUAACAACUAAUUUAAACAUAGAGUCUGAGGCAGCAGCUGUGGACAAAUUGAAUGUAAUUGAUGAUGAGGAGGAGGAAAUUAAGAAAUCGGAGCCUGAGCCUGUUUAUAUAGAUGAGGAUAAGAUGGAUAGAGCCCUGCAGGUACUCCAGAGUAUAGAUCCAACUGAUGCAAAACCAGACUCCCAAGACCUCUUGGACUUAGAAGAUAUCUGCCAACAGAUGGGUCCAAUGAUAGAUGAAAAACUUGAAGAGAUUGAUAGGAAGCAUUCAGAAUUGUCUGAAUUGAACGUAAAAGUCUUGGAAGCUCUGGAACUAUAUAACAGAUUGGUGAACGAAGCACCAGUGUAUUCAGUCUAUUCAAAGCUCCAUCCUCCAGCUCAUUACCCACCUUCAGCUGCGGUUCCAAUGCAGACAUACCCAAUUCAGGCGCAUGGUGGAAAUUACAUGGGUCAAGGCAUUCACCAAGUCGCUGUUGCCCAAAGCUACAGUUUAGGACCAGAUCAGAUUGGUUCACUGAGAUCUCUGCCUCCAAAUGUGAAUUCCUCAGUGACAGCACAACCUGCUCAAGCUCCAUAUUUAAGCCCUGGACAAGACACUGUUUCCAAUCCUACUUAUAUGAACCAGAACUCUAAUCUUCAAUCAGCUACUGGUGCAGCUGCUUACACACAUCAGAUGGGGAUGUCUGUGGAUAUGUCCUCUUACCAGAACACUACUUCCAAUUUGCCGCAAUUGGCAGGCUUUCCAGUGGCAGUUCCAGCUCAUUCAGUUGCACAGCAGCAAACAAAUUACCAUCAGCAGCCUCUCCUUUAGAAACAAACCAAGCUUUUUUCUUGAAAGCCUUCAUAAGUGUAUUACUCAACCUUUAUGAUUCUAAUCUGAAGCUAUUAAAAGAAAAAUUUUUUUUUCUGACCUCAAAAAGACCAUGAAUAAAUAAAGCACAAAAACUUCUCUUACUAUACUAGGCCAUAAAAGGGUUUUUUAAAUCCAGUUUGUUUGAAGUCAAACUUUUGAAGAGGGGCAGCUUUAAGUUGCUUCUAGUUAGUUUUGUGUUUGUUUCAAAUUUCUCUACACAAAUCUGGACACCCAAUAAGUAGCCUUAUGACACUAAGCAGCAUGAGAUGGGAGUGUUAACAUUUUACUGUAAAGAAACGGCUCUUUACCUUUAAAAUGCCACGUUUAUUGAGAGAGCACUGAAACCUUUAAAUAUUUUUUAUCUGCAUAUUUUUUCAGUUUCCCACACCAUUAUUUUAAAAGGUAAACAUCUUUUGCGCAGGCAUUUAGCUUGCCAACAUAUUUCCUUUUGGCUCUUCAAAUUGCAGUUGUGUUUGCAGUGCUGUCAGUUUUGCUCUCAGUGUUAUGUUGAGUAAUAAUUAGCAUAUAAUUGUCUACAGAAGCAAGAACAAUCGGAGGGAACAAAAAUGUCUUCUGUUAUUAAUAGUGAAGACCAUGUCAGUGCCGAUGUGUGAUAAAGCAUUAGCUAGUCCCCCAGUCUUGCCAGCAGUAGGCUAAGGAAAGCCCUACAAAACAUUUCCAUUCCCUGGAGAACAACAUUUCUUUUCUUACAAGGGUCCCUGGGAUUUAGAAUUGCCACUAUACUGACCUUUUCAAAUGACAUUGCCAUUCCGGAAUGAAGGUACGGUCCAUUUGUUUUCCUUCCUGCAGUGCAGUGUGCAGAGAUGCUGCAUUUCCUUUUUACAGAUCACAUAGGAACUUGAGACAUGAGGCAUUCCUAAUAAUUUGAUGCAGUGUAUGCCAAGAAUGGAUGAUAAUGUGUUUUUACUGGUACGUUGUUUUUUUUAAAGAGGUGCUUCUAGUACCAUUGCUAUACCAGACUGUUGAAAAAUUUGGCCAUUCCUUUCAGAAGUAAUUCUGAGCCUGUGGGAUAACAGCAGGCAGUGGACUGAUAGCAAAGCUAUCAAGACAGGUUUUUGGAAGCCUACAUUUUAAAAUAGUUUAUAGUGCUCAUCGAUUGCACAUACUGUAAGAGUUAGGUAGUAAACCAAUAGGGAUUGUUUUCUCACCUAAAAAUUUGCGUACUAUUACAUCAUCUACCAAUUUUUUAGAUAACACAAAAUAGAAAAUGCAAAUACAUAUGCUUACAGAUACAUGAUAUUUAGACUGGGAAAAAAUAAUGGGCAGAGUUUAGUUUAUAAAAAGUUAAUUGUAUGGAAGCAAGAUUUCUAUAUUGUUUUUUAAAGAAAGCCCUUAAUCUUUCUACUAAUAAUCCAUAUGAAGCCAGUGCCCUGGAAAUUUUUGUCAUUUACUGUUUAAAGAAAUUUGAUUCCAAGUGUUCCUUUUUCAAAGGAACUAUCCUAGAACAAAAUAGCCUAUAUAUUACUUGGUCUACAUUUAAAGGGGAAAACAAGCAAUAUUUGAAAGCCCAGUUUUUGUCUUUAUCUUAUUUUAGAUACAAGUAACUGGAAAGAAAGUUUUAACCUUUAAUAUUUCAUGUUCUGUUUUUCACCCAGUAUUUUCCUUCCUUGUUAAUUAUAUACUUACAAAGUCAACUUACUUUUUGGAAAUGAAUCUUCUUUAAAGAAAACAAAACAAAAUUUACAAUGCUGCUCUUGAUAGUUAAUGUUUGCAUAUACAUGGAAAGCCUUUUUUUCUUCCAAACAAUAUUUAAUAAACAUUUUAAUGUUUGUGUAAAUAUCUCAUGCAUGGUUGGAUUGGAAUUGUAAAAGACUUAAUCCUGCCUAAGUCUUUGAACUAAAUACUACACACCCACUAAAUUAGGAUUGGCCAAUUAAAUUUACCUUAUGUAGUUUUGGAAUAAUAUAACAUUCGACAUGUAUAUAAAUAGUGUAUAUUGGCAUUUGUGAAAUUUUAUACAUCCAGAAGUUUCUUCUUCCCUUUAAAUUAAAAAUAAUUUUAUUUUUGCCAUACUAUAAUUUUAUGUUGCAGGCUGUUGAUAGUAUAAAAAUGUUAUUAAAUCUGUGUACUGAGAUAUUUUGGUGUUAAUAAGAAAUACAGGGUUGUAAUUUUGCUUUCUUCUCCAUGAUCUUAUGGAUUGUAUUUAUUUUAAGACCUGUUUAUAAUUAAAUGUUUUCUGCCAAAGAAAUUGUCUAACAUCAGAUUUCUACACUGGGUUCAUACUUACUGUUUUAUAUUAAAAAUAAAAAUAACUUCUGCUUUUUCAUAUGAAAUCUUGGUACAUGAGAAAGAAUUCCUGAAAAUUUAUAGUAACAUUUUCAUUAAUAUAGAAAAAUUUCUCAUGGGUGUUAAAAUAUAUGAAGUAGGAUAUGUUCUUAUAGUUUGGAAAAUGUACAUUCUACUAAACAUUGUCUUGUAAUUUGGUGAUUUAUUUAUAAAAUUACCUGAAAAUGAAA